CACAUGACUACAGCUUGUGAUUGUACGCAUGCGCUGAGUUAACCAAGACGAGGAAAAAUAAAAAGGGCGAAUCUCCUAGUCAAACGAUUGUUUGAACUUCACUAGCCACCAAAACGAACAGAAGCAAAAUGGCUUUGAAAAGAAUUCACAAGGAGCUUCAAGAUCUUGGGCGAGAUCCUCCACCAACAUGUUCUGCUGGCCCAGUUGGUGAAGAUAUGUUCCAUUGGCAAGCAACAAUAAUGGGCCCGCCUGAUACACCAUACCAAGGUGGUGUAUUCUUUUUGACAAUCCAGUUUCCUUCAGAUUAUCCAUUUAAACCUCCAAAGGUGGCGUUCACAACAAAAAUAUACCACCCCAACAUUAACAGUAAUGGCAGCAUUUGUCUUGACAUACUUCGUUCUCAGUGGUCACCUGCACUGACAAUCUCUAAAGUUCUACUGUCCAUUUCAUCGCUUCUUACAGAUCCCAACCCUGAUGAUCCACUAGUGCCAGAGAUUGCCAGAACAUUUAAGAAUGACCGCGAGAGAUACAAUGAAUUGGGACGAGAAUGGACGAGAAAAUAUGCUAUGUGAUAGCAACAAAAUGACAAACAUUUCCCAAAAGCUAUGGUAUUUAUCAGCUGGAAUGUAAAUUUGGUGGUCUUUAUUUGGCCUGUUCUGAAAUGUGAUGAAAAGCAUCAACACAAAUAGCAUAUAGCAGCAGUUUUCUUUUGCAGCAGCUUCAAGGUGAUUAUAACCUUGCCCUCUGUUUUAGAUGUGAGAUUUGACUGUAAGGGAUUUCCUGUCCCUUGUACACAUCCUCCCCACUCACCACCAAAGGAAAAAGAUCAUGCUAGCAACACGCAUUAUUCAUUGGAUUUAUGUUACGUUUGAUAUAUUCCCAGUAGACUAAACAAGACUAAAAUUUAAAAAAAAAUUCAAAUGGACUGAAAAUGUUAGUCCUUUAGAAUAGUUUUUCUUAAUGUUGUGCCAAACAUUGUAUUGUUCUGUGCGUCCUUGCUGGUUAUGUUUGUACUCUAUUUUAUGAAAGCAUGUUGUUUCAUGUCUCUAAUCUUUGGUGAGAUUUUGUCCAGAUAAGAUGCUUUUUUCCCCUUAUUUAAAGUUAAAUGAAUAACAAGCAUAUUAAUCAUCAUCUUUUUUUAGUAUGGGGGCUAGGAUUAUCAUUUGGUGCUUGAGUGCUUCUUUUAUUAGGGUAGCACCAUUUUCCUUGUUUUUCUUUGGGGUUUUUUUUUCCUAAAGCAACUCUUUCCCUACUAGUAGUUUUAUUCUGUUGUGCCGUGAAGUUUUUGUGUUCAGUUACUUUGAAAAAUGCAGUGUUGUCAUCUUUCCUUAUCAGUCACUGCUUUUUUAAACUGAAGUGAUAACAGUCUUAUAAGCAAAACUUAAAUGUGCUAUUCAGAUUAUACUUGCUUUAUUUGUGUACAAGACAAACUGUGAUAUGAUUCUUGGCUGCAGCAGCUAUUUUACCCCUCAGUGGACUUGGUCUUGUACUGUGUAUUUAAAAACUGUAAUGAAUAAAUAAAGUAUAUGUGUAAUUUUGA